AUGCGCAAGAAUCAUGCAAGUUGUGUUCAUUCCCAGGCCAUGCAUAAUCAAGAUCCAAACUACCAAAGACUGAUGAAAAGAGAAAGAGAAGCACUUGAAAACAAAGGAAAAGGAAUUGUGAGGUGGCAUAGUGCUGUAUCUACCAAACUAGCCAAGCCUAUACUAUACAUUCCCGAAGAUGAAAUGUCCAGAGAAAGUAGCUCUGAAUGUAAUGAAUCAAAGAAAAAAAGCCUUAUGAAUAAAAUGCGAAAAACAGUAGGGAGAUUCAUAGCUCAUCACUACCAAAGCAAACAGUUAAAGAUUGUUGACAAGAGAAUUGAAAGAGAUUGUGCAAGAAGUCCUUUGAGAACUAGAAGCUUCCCACACUUUCCAGUAAAAUGUCAUCACAUUCUAAGAACCAGCAAGAUGCCUGACUCACCACUAGAGUUCCUGGAAAAACCAACAUCAAGUCAUGUACAGUGUAAUGAUUCACACUCAUACAGAUCUAGAGGUACCAAAGGAAAAGUCAAGCAAUUGGCAAAUAUUGAUGAAACAAAGAUAUUUUCAACAUUGGAAUCACAACCGCAGAAAACUGCGACUAUUCAUGUGGAUGUGGAUGUUUUGGAGGCAGAAACAGCGAGUAUUUUUGGCAACAACCUAGUUGUGACGUCACGUCGUAUGUCCCGCCGUGUGUCUGUUACAAGCCUCCCCACUGACAAGCAAAAGGCACCCCGCUCAAGGAAAAAGCAGUACUUAAAAAUAUUUAAAAAGAAAAAUAAAAGAAAGAAUGUGGAGCAAAGUAGGAGACAUUCCUUUCUGACUGUAGGAAAGCUUCAAGCUCAAGUGGAUGACUUAAUAGAAACAGUUUCAGAAAAGUCAAUGAAAUUACUUGCUCAAAGGCACGCAGAACUCCAGCAGUGUGAAUAUCUGGGAGAUGAAAUCCUACAGUCAUCCAAGAUGUUUCAGCGAGUUUCUAAGAAAAGCGCCCGGAAAUAUAAGUGGAAAAAGUGUUUCCUGUGUGGAUGCUGCUGCUAA